GCCGGCCGACGGCAUCGCCGGCGGCGGCGACAAUGCUCAGGCGGCAGCUUCUGCGGCGAGUAUCAGUGUGCUGGAGAAGAUGCAGGAGAUGCAAAAGCAAGAGAUGACUUUCCGCUCCAAGACGCGAGAGCUGGAGAGCAAGCUGAAGGAGCUCAACAGCCAAAUCACCACUGGCCGGGAAGAAAACAGGGAGAAAGAGAGGGAGAUCACAUCCCUCAAGAAAAUCAUCCACAACCUGGAGUCGAGCUCGGCCGAGCAGCAACGCCGCCUGGAGGCGCACGAGCAGCUGCUGCAGGACGGCGAGGUGCUGGCGCGGGCCGUCCGCGAGGUGGCACAGCUAGCGGCGGCACAGGCCGAGCCGUCCGAGCAGCAGCAGCAGCCGCAGGAGGGGGAGGGCGCCGACCGGCUGCCGGUGCUCGUCCAGGCCACCGCCCUGGUCAGGACGCCCUACGGUCCGGCGACGGCCGGCUCGCCGGUGCCGGCCGUCACGCUGGCUGAGAGUACCGUCAUGGCCGUACAGGCGGUGCUGAACAGGCAGCAGCUGCGUAACCACGAGCUCCAGACCAGCCCGUGA